CUGAAACAGCGCUACAGAAAGUUAGCACUGGCCACUCCCCAACAACGAUUACUCCCGGACAUCAACUCUGGACGCAAUGGGCCUUCGUCUCUCUCUCCUUCCCGCUCAAACUCACGCGCACCUUCGCGCAAUAUUCGCAGCUACGACGACCGGCGAAUGUCGACAGCGCCGGAAGAAGAUGAGAGCACACACAGAUAA